AUGGUGGGACUGCAGAGCCGCUCUCUCAACUACUGCGAGUGGGUGGUUUCGGGGCUGCUCCCCGCGUCCUGCUCCGGGGCUGCCCGCGAUGCGAGGGCAGAAACAAAACCAAACCGAUCACGGGACGCGGAGUUGGCUGGAGAAGGGGGAAGGGAGCAAGGAGCCGGGUUUCCCCUGGGAUCACGGGAGCGACGGAAGGAAGGCGGGAAACUGGCAGGAUUAGGGGUUUUCUUGAGACGCCAGGAAGAGAGUUUAGGUAACCCUGUGUUUGAAGGGAACGGCGACAGGGUGAGUGCAGAAGGCACAAGGGAGUUCCCAGCCUGUAGGUUUCCAUCCGAAGGCCACAGUAACUCUCCAGGGAUACCAAGACCCCCUCCCCCCCGCAACUUCACGACCCCUCGGCCACAAGCCGCUGGGGUUAAGCAGGCGUGGCCCCGGGGUCACGUCCUCACUCGCCGAGGGCCGCAAGCUCCGGGGAAGCGCGCCCGGCCCGCUGGCGCCCGGGGGUGGUCCUCGUUAGCUCCCCGGGGGCCGGCCGCCUUUCGCCGAGCCCGCGCACACCGGCCGACCGAAGAGACCCUCCCAGUGACUGUGCGUCCUGACCGCCACUCGCCGCCCACCCGCCCCCUUUCCUUGAGCUUGGGCCAGAUUGCGAACGGUGAUUUGGGUGUCAAAUUGAAGGGAGACGUUCCUGGGAGAAGCAGGCAUGGUAAGGAAGUCUCUUCGUUUUCUUUCUUUCCUUCUUACAGAGUGCCUUUUGGUUAGACUUUAAGAGAAAACUGAGGACAAGACCUAAUGGAAGGUUGAAAAGGCGGCAUGCUUUAUUCAUCCACAAAAGGAGGAAGACUGUUAAGUGAAAAACAAAUGAACGCAAAUGAUGAGCCAGUAAAUUUAG